AUGUGUGAGUCUUUGGGAGAGGCUGAGGAAGGGCCCGGCAAAGGGAAGUUCCUGGCUGGGCAGCUGGGUGGGCUCCGGGACACUGCCUGGGCUGACUGUGACCCCCUGAGAGUCCCUCAGCAACAGAGCUCACCAUGGCUUGGAAUUCGCCAGAGCUUGGAGCCCACCUGCACCGAGGCCCUGCGGCAUGUGGCAGGCGGGUGGCAGCCCCGGGCGGAGGAGCCGGGGCCGCGCAGCCCGAGCCGGGGCAGCCAGCGCGUCGAGUGCAUCAUCUGCUACUCCCCCUACGACCUGAGCGUGCGGCUGCCGCGGCGGCUGUACUGCGGCCACACCUUCUGCCAGGCGUGCCUGCGGCGGCUGGACGCGGUCAGCCUCGAGCAGCGCUGGAUCCCGUGCCCGCAGUGCCGCCAGAGCACGCCCACGCCCCGCGGCGGGGUCACCAUGCUGGACCUGGACCUGGCCGCCUUCCUGACCCUCCGGGCUGGCCGCGAGCAGCCGCGGGCGGCGGGCAGGGCCCCGGCCGAGCCUCCCGCCGGGGCUGCCGGCAAGGAGGCGGCGGGGAGCGAGCAGCCGGCGGGGCCGUGCCCGGAGCCGCUGCCCCCGGAGCCGCUGCCCCCGGCGCUGCGGGCCCGGCGCGGCUGCUGCCCGCUGUGCCCGUGCUGCGGCGUGAGCGCCGCCCUGGACAGCUGAGCGCCGGGGCUGCUGCGGGACCCCCUGUGCCUCACA